AUGGACGAUUAUAUUCAGACGCCGGCAGACACACGCGGCGAGGCCAGAGGCUCCAAAAUGGCGUCCGCUUUCUCCGCACCCGGAGCCCCCUCUGCCUCCACGCUGGAUGGCAUCGGGGAAGAAAUCCGCACUAUUGCGGCCUCCAUGGCCACCAAGGCUGACCUACUGGUACUUACCACCACUAUACAGGAUGCCCUGCGGGCUGAAAUGGCCGGAAUCCGGACAGAGGUGGCAGCGCAGGGUGCCCGAGUUCUUGACCUGGAGCGCUCCCACGAGGCCCAACAUGCCAGACUGACUUCGACCGACACGGCCGUUGCUAGGCAAGGGGACAUGCUCCUACAGCUCAGGAGAACGGUGGAGGACCUCGACAACCGCGGGCGCUGCUGCAACAUCCGCGUACGCGGUAUGCCAGAAGCAGAAGGCGAUGAAAACAUUGAAACAGAGCUGACAGCCCUUUUCCGCCUGAUUUUGCCCGGUGACACCCCAAUGGAGAUCAGGUAUGACAGGGCACAUAGGGCGCUCAGACCUCGCUCCCUAGAGGAGGGCCCAAGGGACAUAAUAUGCUGCCUGCAUUCAUUUGCUGUGAAAGAUGCCAUUAUGAAGGCGGCCAGAUCCCACCCCACAUGGGAAUACAAAGAGGCACAUAUAUCAUUAUUUAAUGACCUAUCCCCAGUUACUCUCGAAGCUAGGAGAGCGCUGCGGCCCAUCACGACGCUCCUUAGGGAUCACAACAUUACCUACAAAUGGGGCUUUCCGUUCGCCCUUCUGGCGAGACACCAGAACGGCUGGGUGUCAAUUCGCUGGCUGGAAGAGGUCCCCAGGUUCCUGGAGGACUUGGGCCUACCGCCUGUACCUGUACCUGAUUGGGUCCUGGGCCCGCUAGACGUUGGCCCGAGACCGCAACGCGCACCUCGCCGACGCAGGGGAAGGUCCCCACAGGGCCCGCCUCGCCGCCGUCAAGACGCAGGAGAGGCUCAAGAGUGA